UUUCGACACAUCUCGAAUAUAUCAUAAGCAGUUUUAGAACGAUUUUUUCGAGUUUUUCAGAUAUCUAAAUUGAAGUUUUAACAAAUAACGAGUUAUUUCAUAUAAAUAAAUAGUACCAAAAUAAUUUUUUUAUAUCAAUAAAAAAAUAUUUUAAUAUUGUACAAUACAUUUAAAUAUGGCUCAUCAUACCGUCAUAACAUUGGAGAAACCGCUACAGCAUUUGGCAUUGUCUGAUUGGAAUGCUCGUGUUAAUCAGCUUCGAAAUGUGGCUGACGCAAGACGGAGUGAUGCUUUCAACAUUCGACAUAGUUCACGCACUCUGCGAAAUGAGACACGCAUCGCGGGCGACUGGACCAAUUACGAAACUAACGAGGCGUUGGCCGAUCGUAUCGCAGAGCUGGCGCGUUGGCGUGAAACAAUUGCUAGAACAUUGGAACGCAUUGUGCGCGAAAUAAAAAUGCUGGAGGAAGAGAAGGCAUCCACGGAACGCGAGCUAGAGGCAAUGCAAACUCCUAUUAGUGUUGUUGCUGAAUGUCUAACAAUGCGGGACUGUCGAUUAGGCUCUGAAUUGACCUAUGACGAUGCUGAUACCGAAAUCAAGAAUGAGUUGGCUGUGAUCGAGAACAAUCAACAUCUUCUUGCCGAUCAAUGUCAGAAAGCUUGGGAAAAGCUGAGAAGAUUAGAUGAGGUAAAAUUCAAACUCGGCUUAGAGGUUGGAAAUAAAGCUGAAGCCGAAGAAUUGGACGUAGCACAGCUGGAUUUGAAUAAAUUUGCCUCAAAUAUCACCUAUAAACCUGAUCCUUUGCGCAAUCCAAAAAAUUGUUGCACUUACCAAGGGUGGCUAGAGCAUACAAAAAAUAUAAAGCAAAUGGCCGAAAACGAAUUGGCUGACACAUACGCUAUAAGAGAGUCCUUGUUCGUUUGCCGUGAGAAGGCACGCAACAUGUUGAUUACACAACAGGAACGAGCAGAACACACCAUACGCAAGCGUAUAUUCGAGACGCAACGUGCCCGUAACGAGCUUCAAUGGCAGCAAAUGAAAAUGAAAGAAGAAAUGGAGAGAGCUGUGUGUGAUAUCAAAACUUUGGAGCAAGCGUUAAGAGAUAAAACUGAUGGACUGAAACUAGCCGAAACGCGUUUGGAGAACCGUGCACAACGUUCUGGUAUGGAACUGUGUCUAGAUGAGGCUCAUGAGCAACUUUGCUUGGAGGUGCAAAAGCUUCAAACUAUACGACGUCGCUUAAUGGAUAAAAUCGAUGAGGCUAAAGCAAAUUAUAACCUAUUGGAAGAACAUGCACAGAAAAUCGAUGUUGAUCUGGAGAACAAACAGCAUUCUUUAAUGACCGAUAUUCGCGCUUUAGAUUUACGCCAACGUUUGAAAGGUGGCGAAUUUGGUCAAAAGCAGGCAUCACCGAGUGCUCAGACUGACCGUAACAUUGUGCUGACGCAAAUGGAACAGGAAAUACCAAAAAAUUAAUUGUUCUUUGUGUUUUCACAGUUUUAUCUGAUUAUUGGUUUGAAUACAUAAGUACCAUACAUAUAAUUUUUAUUGUACAU